AUGUUCACUACAACAAGCACCCUCCGCGGGCAGAGUGUUACCCUGGCCGGCGGUGAACUCACCAGCCUGCUUUUCGUUCACGAGGUGUCACUGGUGGCGACUGGGUACGAUAGAGCAGAAUGCCUUCUGGGCCUACUCGAAGCCUACUGCGAAGCGACGGGUAUGGCCGUGAAUGCCGCCAAGUGCGAGGUCCUCAUUUUUUUGGGCGCUACACGUGAGCGGAAGCGGCUUAUGGAAGCUGAGUACCGGUUAGGGAUUACCGGAGCCAAGGCUUGUCGCUAUAUGAACUGGAUGGGAGCUGCCCCGCCUAGGGGUGCACGUCUCGUUUGGUUGGAGCACACUAAAGUGACCAUGCCCCAGCGACUGCAUCAAGUGCUCAUGUGUUUCCGGCUUUGUGACUGUGGAGCGGUUGAAGAUGAGUUGCAUAUUUUUUAUGAAUGCCCCGCUUACAAGAGCAUACGGGCUAAGUAUGAUGGUGACCUAGUCUUUAAGGGACGCAGCAUGUGCACCAUUGUUAUGACUGAGGCGCUACCCCUGGCAUUUGCCAGCUUGCGCCGCGUGCGCCGCCACCGCUUGCCGGCUUAUCGCCCGCAAGCGCCCGCCGCUGCUGGUCCAAUUGCGGGCAACAGCGGCCGCCUGCAGCGCAACGGCAGCUGGGUCGGGUUGAAGCAGCGCCGCCAGGACCACGUCCGCCAGACCCACAACGGCAAGGCACAGAAACCCACAACCACUGGGGAAUUUCCAUUAGGCUCCCCGACUGGCGAAAGUCCUCCGACCCCCACUAGAAGGCCAACCAACAAAUAUUGA